AUGUUUAAGGUCGGGGAUACGGCUGACAGAUCGGCAGAGAUCGAGAUUCUGGAAGGCGAUCGACAACCGGUCGACGAGAUUGAGAUCGAUCAAGAAGACAAAUCGGCCAAGGAUAUCGACGAUCAGCGAUCGCCCAAGGAUAUCGACGAUCAGCGAUCGGUCAAGGAGGUCGACGAUCAGCGAUCGGCCAAGUAG